AUGUGGACACCAGGGAAACAGCCACACCAAAGACUCACCAGGGAAACAGCCGCUUCAGAGAAACAGCCACACCAGAGACACACCAGGGAAACAUCCACACCAAAACACACCAGGGAAACAGCCACUUCAGAUAAACAGCCACACCAGGGAAACAGCCACACCAGGGAAACAGCCACACCAAAGUCACACCAGGGAAACAGCCACACCAGAGAUACACCAGGGAAACAGCCACACCAGAGAUACACCAGGGAAACAGCCACACCAGAGAUACACCAGGGAAACAGCCACACCAGAGAUACACCAGGGAAACAGCCACACCAGAGAUACACCAGGGAAACAGCCACACCAAAGUCAUACCAGGGAAACAGCCACACCAAAGUCACACCAGGGAAACAGCCACACCAAAGUCACACCAGGGAAACAGCCACACCAAAGUCACACCAGGGAAACAGCCACACCAAAGACACACCAGGGAAACAGCCACACCAGGGAAACAGCCACACCAGAGAAACAGCCACACAAGAGAAACAGCCACACCAAAGUCGCACCAGGGAAACAGACACAUCAGAGAAACAGCCACACCAAAGACACACCAGGGAAACAGCAAGACCAGAGACUCACCAGGGAAACAGUCCGACCAGAGACACUCCAGGGAAACAGCCACACCAGAGACAUGCCAGGGAAACAGCCACACCAAAGACACAACCAGGAGACAACCACACCUGA